CAUGAUAAUGUCUAUGGAUGAAAGCAAUAAAAAUAAUGAAUCUGUGCCAAACAAAGAUUGUAAUGAGGAGAUGACCGAUGUUACAUCAAUUACUGAUAUUAAUUCUAUAAGACUUAUUGAUAAAAACAAAGACAAUGAAUCUGUGAUACUAAACAAGGAGUAUAACACUAAAAAGAUUGAUGUUUCAUUAAAUAUUAGUGAAUCUUACAUGAUAAUGUCUAUGGAUGAAAGCAAUAAAAAUAAUGAAUCUGUGUCAAACAAAGAUUGUAAUGAGGAGAUGACCAAUGUUACAUCAAAUACUG